UCCUCUCCGGGGUGUUUGAACAGGAAGGCGGACAUGUUGGACAGCCUGUGGGACAAAAUCGGGGCAUCGUCUGCUGCUUUCCCCCCAUCGGCGACUAAAAACACAUCGAAAUCCAGCGCGUGUGCGAGCCGGAUCGGACUGCUCACGUCGCUUGCACCGGGACACGGUUGACAGUCGGUGACAGCGGGGGCGGAAGGAUUUUUCCCCCUUCAAAGACUUGCUCGAAAUUUGGAAAGAAGCAGAAGUCCCCCCCCCUCUCCCCACCACUUCUUCUUUUGAGCUGUCACGUUAGUUUUUGUCGCCCUCUCUUGCGAGAACUUGGCACGGACAUGGGAACAGGCCCGGACUAACUCCGCCAAUGUUUUAAUUGCAUUUUUUUGUUGUUGUUCGGAUGCAGCGACGUUUGAAGCCCUUCUCCGCUGCGGGCAUCCCGCGGAGGCUGACUAAUCUUCGACCGUCGCGUUGCCCCUGAAAGUUGUUUGCCGGGGGACUAUACUACACGAUAUAAAAAUGUGGCUUUUGUACAUCCAGAGGAACCUCAAACGUUUUAUCGCGUGUGCAGACUCGAGGAGAACGAUGUAUUGUCUUUAAAAGUUUCCCCGAAGAAGGAAAAACAAACAAACAAACGAACAUUCGGCUAGCUAGCUAGCGAGCUACCGCUGGCGGCUAACGCUAGCUAGCCACUCCGUUGCCUCCCUUUUUUUUUUUUUUUUUUUUUUUUGUUCCCCUCCAAAAGCAAGACAUCGAGGGUCUUAAUUUAACGCUGAAAAUGUCUUCUGGAGAAAGUAUGGAGGCUCGGUUUGGAAAAAUCGACGCUAUGUUGAAGGACCCCAAGUCAGAGAUAAACACGGAUUGUCUUCUGGACGGCCUGGAUGCACUGGUGUACGACCUGGACUUUCCUGCCCUGAGGAAAAACAAGAGCAUUGACAACUUCUUGAAUAGAUAUAAAGAUACCAUUAGUAAAAUUCGUGACCUGCGGAUGAAAGCGGAAGACUAUGAAGUGGUCAAAGUCAUUGGGAGAGGUGCAUUCGGGGAGGUUCAGCUGGUGAGGCACAAAGCCACGUGCAAAGUCUACGCCAUGAAGCUGCUGAGCAAGUUUGAGAUGAUCAAAAGGUCGGACUCUGCUUUCUUUUGGGAGGAGAGGGACAUCAUGGCUUUUGCCAACAGCUCCUGGGUGGUGCAGCUUUUCUUUGCAUUCCAAGAUGACCGCUACCUCUACAUGGUGAUGGAAUACAUGCCCGGCGGUGACUUGGUCAACUUGAUGAGCAAUUACGACGUUCCGGAGAAGUGGGCUCGCUUUUACACAGCUGAAGUGGUGCUGGCGCUGGAUGGUAUCCACGCCAUGGGCUUCAUUCACAGGGAUGUGAAGCCUGACAACAUGUUGCUGGACAAAGCGGGCCACUUAAAGCUGGCAGAUUUUGGAACCUGCAUGAAAAUGAACAAGGAUGGUAUGGUACGAUGCGACACAGCGGUGGGAACGCCAGACUACAUUUCGCCCGAGGUACUGAAAUCCCAAGGAGGAGAUGGCUAUUAUGGCCGGGAGUGCGACUGGUGGUCGGUUGGAGUGUUUCUGUACGAAAUGCUAGUUGGUGACACGCCGUUUUAUGCAGACUCAUUGGUCGGCACCUACAGCAAAAUCAUGAACCACAAGAACGCACUUACCUUCCCCGACGACAACGACAUCUCCAAUGACGCCAAGAACCUCAUCUGUGCCUUCCUGACUGACAGGGAGGUCCGCCUAGGCCGGAAUGGUGUGGAUGAGAUCAAGAGGCACCCUUUCUUCAAGAAUGAUCAGUGGACGUGGGAGAACAUCAGAGACACGGCUGCCCCAGUGGUGCCCGAGCUGAGCAGUGAUGUUGACACCAGUAACUUUGAUGACAUUGAAGAGGACCGUGGUGAGGAAGAAACUUUUCCAAUACCAAAGGCCUUCGUGGGCAACCAGCUGCCUUUCGUGGGCUUCACUUAUUACAGCAAUCAGCAUCCUUUGCGCAGCUCCACUUCUGCCUCGAAGACAAGCGACAAACGUAGCAGCUCGACAAAGGAGGACAAAAGUCAUUUGGAGAACCUGCAGAAAAGAGUCUACCAGCUGGAGGAGCAGCUCCACAGCGAGAUGCAGUUGAAGGAUGAGUUGGAGCAGAAAUGCAGGACCUCAAACACCAAAAUUGAAAAGAUCAUAAAAGAGCUGGACGAGGAGGCCAACUUGAGGAAGAGCGUAGAGGCGAGCAUGUCCCUGCUGGAAAAGGACAAGAUCAUGCUACAGCACAGAUUUACUGAAUACCAAAGAAAAGCUGACCAAGAGGCUGAGAAGCGACGCAAUUUGGAGAAUGAGGUUUCGACUCUGAAGGAGCAACUUGAAGAGAUGAGGAAGAUCAGCCAGAACUCGCAGGCCUCGAAUGACAAGAUUGCCCAGCUGCAGAGUCAGCUGGAGGAGGCCAACGACCUCCUGCGUGCUGAGUCGGACACGGCGGCGAGGCUGCGGAAGAACCACACAGAGGUGGCCAAGUCCAUGAGCCAGCUGGAGAGCUUGAACCGCGAGCUGCAAGAGCGGAGCCGCGCCGCCGACGGCGAAAAGGCCCAGCUGGAGAAGGAACUCCUGCUGCUCCAGAGCACCUUGGACUCGGAAAGGAGGAACUACAGCCAAGAUUCGGAGGAAAUCCGUGAGCUGCAAGCGAGGUUGUUGGGGCUGCAGGAGGACAACAAAAACUUGAAGCUCAGCGUCUCCAAAGUGGAGAGUGAACGCAAACAGGCCCAGGAGAGAAGCAAUAACUUGGAAAAGGAUAAAAACAACCUGGAGAUAGACCUGAACUACAAACUGAAGACCCUGCAGCAGCGACUGGAGCAGGAGCAGACUGAGCACCGGGUGACGCGGGCACAACUGACUGACAAAUACGAGUCCAUAGAGGAGGCCAAAUCAGCCGCUAUGAACGCUGUUCAGGUGAAGAUGUCGGAGGAGAACGGUGCGAGGAUGCGAGCGGAAAGCCGAGUGGUGGAGGUUGAGAAGCAGUGCUCCAUGCUAGAAUUUGACCUCAAGCAGUCGGUGCAGAAGAUGGAGCAGCUGAUGAAGCAGAAGGAAAGGCUGGAGGAUGACGUGAAAAAUCUGAGGAUACAUGUGGAGCAGGAGUCGAGCAAACGCGUACUGGCACAGAACGAGCUGAAGAGCCGAAUGCAGGAGGUGGAUCGGCUCCGGUGUUCGGAGAAGCAACUCAAGCAGGAGAUUAAUACGGCGCUGGAGAGUAAACGCUCACUUGAGUUUCAACUGGCGCAGCUGACAAAGCAAUACAGAGGCAAUGAAGGACAGAUGAGGGAACUUCAGGACCAGCUCGAGGCUGAACAGUAUUUUUCUACGCUUUACAAAACUCAGGUCAAAGAGCUCAAAGAGGAAAUAGAAGAAAGGAACAGGCAGGUACAAGAAGCUCAUAAAAAGGUGCAGGAGCUGUGUAGUGAAAGGGAGUCCCUGUCUGCCCAGCUGGAUCUGACUGUGACAAAGGCGGAGUCGGAGCAGCUGGCGCGGGCGCUGCAGGAGGAGCAGUACUUUGAGCUCAGCCAAGAACACAAGAAGACUGUUACCAGGCACAAGCAGGAGCUCGUGGAUAAGGAGGCCACUAUUGCACAACUUGAGGAGUCCUAUAAAACUCUGACCAAAGAUGUGGAGAGUCUCGCCAAAGAGAAGGCAGAGUUGAGCGAGAGGAUUCGCACUCAGGAGGAAGAGUAUGCUGCUCAGAAGGAAGAGAUUACAAAUUCAAUCAAGGCCAACUAUGAGAAGGUCCUCAACACAGAGCGCACGCUAAAGACCCAGGCGGUAAACAAGCUGGCAGAGAUCAUGAACCGCAAGGACAUGAAGCUGGACCAGAAGAAGAAGGGCAGCACGGCUGACCUACGCAAGAAGGAGAAGGAGAACCGCAAGCUGCAGCUGGAGCUCAACCAGGAGAAGGAGAAGUUCAACCACAUGGCCAUCAAGUAUCAGAAGGAGCUGAGCGAGAUGCAGGCACAACUGGCCGAGGAGUGCACGUAUCGUAACGAGCUCCAGAUGCAGCUGGACAGCAAGGAGAGCGACAUCGAGCAGCUGCGCGAGAAGCUGAACGACCUGCAGCAGCGCAUGGACAACUCCAGCAUCACCAGCUUACUGACUGACGAGACGGACAGCAACAUCGCCGAAUCCAGACUGGAGGGCUGGUUGUCCAUCCCUAACCGCACGAAUAUAAAGCGAUACGGAUGGAAAAAGCAGUAUGUUGUGGUGAGCAGCAAGAAGAUUUUGUUUUAUAAUGACGAGCAAGAUAAGGAGCAGUCCAACCCUUCCAUGGUACUAGAUAUCGACAAACUGUUUCAUGUGAGACCAGUGACACAAGGAGACGUGUACCGAGCUGAGACUGAAGAAAUUCCAAGAAUAUUCCAGAUCCUGUACGCCAACGAGGGCGAAUGCAGAAAGGAGGCCGACAUGGAGACGGUCCCUCAGGGGGACAAGAACUGCCUGCCGCACAAAGGCCACGAGUUCAUCCCUACCCUGUACCAUUUCCCCUCCAACUGCGAGGCAUGCUCCAAGCCCCUUUGGCACGUUUUCAAGCCACCGCCGGCGCUCGAGUGCCGCCGCUGCCACGUGAAGUGCCACAAGGACCACCUGGACAAGAAGGAGGACGUCAUCGCUCCUUGCAAAGUAAACUACGACGUGACCUCAGCCCGGGACAUGCUCCUGCUUGCUCUGACGCAAGAUGAGCAGAAAAAGUGGAUUGGCCAUCUUGGAAAGAAGAUCCCCAAAACCCCGCCAAGCACGUUUUCAAGAGCCUCGCCUCGCUCCAUGUCCACACGCCCCGGACCCAACCAGUCCUUCCGCAAAAACCCUAAAAGCAAUACAGCGAAACUGAGCCGAGCACACUCCAGCUUCCAUGCGGCAGACACAACAUCCAGCACUUGUUGACAGGAGAUGCUUCGCAAAAGUGUGGAUGCGUUUUUUUGUUUUUGUUUUUCAAGACUAUGUAUUACUGUUAUCAUUAUUAUUAACUGGGUGUUUCUAACAUGAGACACUUGGUGCUCACUUGGUUGGUUGGUCAGUUGGUUGAUACCUUCAGUUCACAUGUGGGAUUUUUCUGCUAUUGACACCAAGGUUGGAUUUACAGUGCCGGACCAAGUGCCCAAAUCUGAUUCAAUGCCUAUAUCUAUUUUUUAAAUAUAUUCUAUUUCCAUGUACAUUUCAAGUGACACAUGACUGUUUUUACCCCUGAACACAUGAAACAACCCGCAUGCGCAGACGUGCCUUACUUGUGAAUAAUUCCACAAAUGUAAACACCUGGCCAGGACAAUACGCAACUAAAAGAUGCAGCACAUAAAUAAUACAAAUGUUUAACUUAAAAAAGGAUUUACUUGGCCCGGGCUGAUUCUUCCCCUCACUGAUUUAAAUGAGAGUAACGUCCUCAUUACUCCACUGACUUCACUCACCAUUGAGUCAAUUAUUUUGCCCUUUUAAUAAUGGACCCACUUCGAAUGUAACAUCCAUCAAUUUUCUGUAGCGCUUGUGCUCAGUAAGGUUGUGGGUGAGCUGGAUCCCAUCCCAAAUACACCUGGGAACUGGUUGCCAGCCAGUCACAGGGCACAUAUAGAAAACAAUUCACAUUAUCCUGAUUUACAUGGAGCCUAAUAUUCUGAUUAGAAUCCCACACUGAAUAAAAAUGCUCCAUAAACACCUCAAUCAGAAACAGGCCAGUUUCACUUUCACAAGGGUAGAAUCUUCUUCCCUAAACCGGUUGAAAGUAAAUAUUUUUCAUGUAAAAAAAAAAAACAAUAAUAAAACGGGACAAAAAAGAUCCAAGAAAGGACCUUUGCGUCACACUCACCCGGCCGGUGUGCAUGUCGUACCUCUUUAAAUCGGCUGUUCUGAUUAAAUUUAGUGGCACAUGUAAAAACUAGAUUGUAAUAGAUCGCGUCAUGUUAAACAGUUGACCUGAGAUCUUCAGUUGAAAUGAUUUCAAUCAGAAUGAAAACAAGUCUGCAUGUAAACUCAGCUAUUGACAACUAUGAGUAGAGUCAUCAGUGACCCUAACAAGCAUUUUUUGGGGGAUUGUGGGAGAAAGCCGAAGUACCUGGAGAAAACGCGUUUCAAGCACAAGGAUAUCAUCCAAGCUCCACACUGAAGGCCUUGAGCGGAGAUUUGAACCCUGAACCUCAGAACUGUGAGGCAGAUGUGUCAACCACUAGGCUCACUGCGCUCCCCCAAAUGUAGCAUGGUUAGAUAUAUUUAAUUUUUCUGUCCAUUCACUGUAGUUUAGAUAUACAGUAGUUGUUAGUUUUUGUUUGGGUAGACGCGGGUGUGUUUAAGUCACCAAUUGGUGUAUUUCAGGAAAGUCGAGGUAACAUUGACAUUGUAUAGCCAAUCUGCGUGUUUAUGCUCCCCUUGCAUUGCCAAAUAUCUGAAUUGGAUUUGGAUCCACAUUUGGAAGAGGCUGAUCUCAAUAUAUCCAAUUCCGUGAGUCUUUUUUCCUCUUUACUCUGCCAUGACUGAUAUCCGAAUUGUGCCACUUGAGAGCAAAAACAAAAAGGGAAUUGGGUCUCUUGAAUCACGCAGUGUAGUUCCAACCGUGUGUUGUUUAGCAAGACUAACUGGUGCAGUUUUUUUUUUUUUUUUUUUUUUUUUUUUUUCUCCCCCCCCACCUCUUACGAUGAGACAGAAAAGCUAUUAAAGGGUGUUCCUCUUUUGUGGGUGACUAACCAUGCUCAAGGUAGUUUUUAUUCCGUCUCUUUUACUGGACACCUGUCUCUGCUCUUUCUUUCAGCUAACCGUCUCAACCGUUGGAUUUGUUUUUCCCUGGACUAUUCUGUACUUUCUCCCUCCUUGCUCAUCGUCAAACAAGGACAGAACAUUGACAGUGAUAUUUGCAAAUAACGCAUGAUGGACCCGCCCCCUACCUACCCUGCAGAUCUUCCGCACCACAUUUCUACCAGAAAAUGGCACCCUCGCCCCAAAAGCAGGAGGUGACGCGUGGAGACCUCUAUCUGACAUUUGGGAGGGCGGGGGGGUGGGGGUUGCGUUGCCGGGACUGAGUUCAGUUUUAAGGUACUGUCGUCCAGGUGUUACAGAUGUGCCGUGAGUGCUUGUAUCUCAGGGCUGGAAAAAUAGAAGAAAAAACACCUGACAAGAUCCUUAAAUACAAGCAAACUUCUGUUUCUGUUGGAUAAAAAAUGACUGAUGCCUUUGUCUAAUCCUUUCUGGCCUUUAUUUUUUUUAUUUUUUUAUUUUUUAAAUUCUUAUUACUCUCCAAGUCAGUUUAUCAGGUUUGGAAACAAGAGUAUUGGGACACGAGUAUUAGAUGUAUUGAGUAAGAUCAUCAUUUAAAUCUAUGCAUUAUUUUAUUAUUAUUAUUCUAAUUAUUUUUAUUGCUCCCAAGCCAUAAGGAAGCUUCCAUUGUAAUGGCAUAUAGGAGCACCUAAAACUUCCAUCACUUUUUUGUUUUUCUGUUUAUUUGGUACAUUGUCUCUUGUGAUAUAUAUUUUCUUGCUUGUAUUGUUUUUUUUUUUGUAAUGUAUUGCCUUACAUUGAUUCCUAGAUAAAUGGUUCAAAAAGGAAAAACAUUAAGUUAACAAAUGUAAAACUGCACUGUUUGAAUUGUAAAUUAUUUGAAGAAGACUAAAACAGGUGUAGCAUUUGGCCCACCUAGUGCCUUAAUAAUCUUUGGAUAUAGAUUUAACUGCCAUAUCUUGUUUUUUUUUUUUUUUUUUUUUCC